AUGAUGAUGCAAAGUGAAAAGAAGAUAAGUGAAGUUGAUAGCGGUAAUCGAAGAGCUCUGAGAACACCAAAGUGCGCUAGGUGUCGCAACCACGGCGUAAUAUCUUGUUUGAAAGGACAUAAACGGCUCUGCCGGUGGCGGGAUUGUAGGUGCCCUGGAUGCCUGUUAGUGCUUGAGAGACAACGCGUCAUGGCCGCUCAGGUCGCUCUUCGUCGGCAGCAGAGUGCAGGUGGCACAGCUCGCGACGGUGAGGCAGCGGCACUAGCAGCACGCAAGAGAGCCUAUCGCGCGAGGCUACGCAGUGUACAAAUUUCCAGGAAUUUUCAUGUACCGCCUACAUCUUAUGAAAACAUGUUGAGAGACAGUGAUCCAGCGUGGAGUGAACGCGUGCGCAGACGCAAGACUUUCGCGGACGCGGUGUUGGAACAAAGCCUACAAACCCCGUUGCCAGAGCCCGUGCCCAGCGCGCUCUGCAGACACCUCCUUGCCGCGCUACUAAGCAACUACACGCCCCCUCCUCCACGACCCAAAAUAUCAUUCUCCAUCGAAUCCAUUAUUGGUGUAAAA